CGGCCCACAGCGCGGGCGCCGGGCUUCUUCCCACGUCGCGGGCUCUCGGCGCUGGUGUGUCAGCCGCGUCCCAACUGACAGGACGGAUCAUGGGGGCUCUGGCCGCCAGGCGCUGCGUCGAGUGGCUGCUGGGCCUCUACUUUGUCUCGCACAUCCCGGUCACGCUGUUCAUCGACCUGCAGGUGGUGCUGCCGCCCGAACUGUACCCGCAGGAGUUCAACAACCUGUUGCAGUGGUACGCUAAGGAGUUCAAAGACCCUCUGAUGCAGGACCCCCCAGUGUGGUUCAAGUCUUUCCUAUUUUGUGAGCUUGUGUUCCAGCUGCCUUUCUUUCCUGUUGCAGCAUAUGCCUUCUUCAAAGGAAAUUGCCGAUGGAUCCGUAUCCCUGCAAUCAUGUAUGCAGUUCACACCAUAACAACUUUAAUUCCAAUCCUCUAUACAUUUCUACUUCAAGAUUUCUCCAAAACUGUUGCUUUCAAAGGACUUGGACCUGAAAAUUUCCGAGAACGACUGACACUCAUAGGUGUCUAUGUCCCCUAUUUAAUAAUCCCCCUUAUACUUCUCCUGUUCAUGUUGCGGAACCCUUACUAUAAGUAUGAGGAGAAAAGAAAGAAAAAAUAGGGGCCAGACACUAGCCCAGCUGGGGAGAUCCCACAGUACAGUUGCCUUUUAGACAAUACUAGAAAAACUGCUCUGAACCCAUGUCUCAGCUGCAUUUGAAACAUACCAACAGCAGUGCACAAGAACAAGAUAGUGGCAAGACAUGCCAAGCCCUCACCUUCCAAGGGCUGAACAGACCAUCAGGAGGGGUGGGGACCAGCGAAAUGGUGCCAAAGUUCUGCUCUAGCAUUGCUAAAAAUGGGCAGACAAAAAGCUGGUCAGCUCCUGAGAUAGAACACAACACCUGACUAAAUCCUGACUUGACCUCCAGCUGAUCAAUAGUCAACAAAUGAGCAGUGGGUGUUUCUGGUGGCUUUAAUAUCACAGAUUUUGUCUCUUUAAACAUCCAUGAAAAACUACCAUGGUUUCCUGCCUAUACGUCCGCCCACCUCUGGAAGAAAAAGAUAUUGUAGCCUCGAGAGCCUAAGGCAGAAAUGGGUUACAUGGAAGGUAACCAUUUACAGGUCACCCCAUCUUCCAGUUAUUCUACUAGUACUUGUACUUCACAACUCCGGCGUCUCACACCACUGGGCUCCCUGAUAGAUAGAGGAAGCUUUGUCCUUCCUCUCUGUCUGAUCCUUUCUAUCCUGUUCAGUGGGGUAAUAGUGUGACUGUCCCGGUGUGUCUGCUGUUCCACUGGCUCUCCUUAAAGAAACAAGGUUGGUGGGUGUUUUUGCUUGCAAGCCAUGUUGCUCUGGUUACUACGGUUUGACUUGUAUGUAUGGUCCAAAUAAAGGUAGCUGCUGAUCA